GCUGACACUCAAUGGCUUUUUGUUUUUUCAUUCUGUACCACCUGUGCUUGGCUGUCAGACAGUUCAGAGCGUGACUCUGCUGCUUUCUCUGCGGAGGAACAACGGCUCUGUGACAAAGGUCCCGAGAAUCCGCCCAAGGGACCGCCAAUGUCGAGGGAACAAAUGGAAGAAAGCUAUGAGACAUUUGAGGAGGAGUUGGGGCCAUCAAGAGCAGAUCCUCCUCCACAGAAGCCUGUUCGACCGAUCCACAGACCAGAAAUGUAUGCCACUAGGAAAAUCAGAGAGCAGGAUAUGGCUCCAGCUCCACAGCCACCAAGAGCAGAACCCAAGACGGUACCCAGACAAAGCAGCACCCCCAAAUUAACAUCCUUGCACAAAUCCUUGUCCAUCCAGAACCUGGCUGAAAUCCAACCAUGGGAGAACGUCACCUUGAACCGCUGUCUCUUUGUGGCCAUUACCAUCCUGGUGCUCACCUCAGGCUUCCAGAGGCUCCACGAAACCUUACGGGGUCAGAGGGCAGCAGAGGAAGAUGAGGAAGAAGCUGGACUGAUGGUGAGACGGUCAGGGACACUACGACACAGAGGUCAACCACCAGAGCCGGAGACGUCUCUGUGGGAGGUUAUGUUCUGGUGGCUGCCAGAUCUUGACGACGAAGAUGAAGAAGAGGACGACGAUGACGAACAGGUCGGGAGAGGAAAAUCAAGGAGGGGAGUAAAAGCACGAGCGACAAGAGGUCUCAGAAACAAGCCACUGCCAGACAAAAAACUCCUCAAGCAACGAGACAGUAAAUUAAAGGGGAGAAGAGCCAAGAAAGCCUGGGAUGAAGAAAUCAAAGAGAAGAAAGGGAGAGUUAAAAAGAAGGAACCUGAAAUAGAAGAUGAAGAGGAUGAUGAUGAAGGUGAAGAAGAGACGGUCCCCAAGAAAAAUAAGAAAUCAAAGCAAAAGAAAGAAAAGAAAAACACUCAAAAAGGAUGAGUGGAAUAUUCCUUCUGUGGCAGAAUAUUUUCUAAUCUAGCUUUGCCAGAGUGGUAAUUUGUGUUUCAGAAAAAGAAAAUGUGCCUGCGCUUAAAGAGAACACAAUCAGCAGCCUUGUGUUACACACUUGUGUUGGACAGAUGUGAUGCUUUUGUGUGAUUACCUGUGAGGACAACUGCUUUAUUUGAAAUGCCCAUGUGAUCCGGUCCAUGAGUGUCCUGGUCUUGAAAGGGAGACGUCUAAUAAACUGUGCCCAACCAA